AAACACUCAGACUGACGGCGGCCAUCUUGCUCCUCUCAUCCGUUUCCGUAUUCCACAUCCGGGUAUGUCGCGGUCAUGAGCUGAGCUAGCGUACGUCAUCACAGCGCGACGCAAUGGCGCUGCAGGAAGGAGAACGCUGGGAACUCAUAGUAACUCCUGGAAGAUGGACAGGUUCAUCGUUAGGAACCCCAGGCAGCCGAGAGGCAAAGCCGCAGCUGGGAAGCAUCCAGGCUCCCUGGGCCAGGCCACUCUGCAUUCCCUGAAGAGGGUUGUGGUCAUGGAAGAUAUAAAGAGAUGGAAAUGUAUCUUGGAGCUGCCUAACCAAACCAAAGAAAAUCUCUUGGACACUUUGCUGCAACUGAAGAAGAAAAUACCCUCCAAGGAAGUGAUAAGUUCCACGAAAAUUGGGGAGGCAGUGGAGAGCCUGCAGAUACACUGUGACAAGGGCGUAUCUGACCUCGCUAAGGAAGUGCACACUCAAUGGGAAAAAUAUAUACAGGAAAACUGCAGCAAACCAUCCAUAGAAGUGAGGAGCGAUGCUACAACGGAGAAACUGCGCAGCAAUGCCAGGCGGAUGCUGUGUGAGGUCUUGCACAAGGAGGUCGGUGACUCUUUGGCUGAAUGUAUUGAACGUGAAGUUUUCCACCAGAGCUCUCGGUUGAUCAACGUUCACUAUCGCAGGACAGUCCGCGCCCUGGUGUUUGCUCUGAAGCACAAGCCAGAGAUACGAUCACAAGUCAAGGAUGGACACUUACCCAUCAAUCGGUUGGUGCAGGAGCAUAAGAAAUAAUAAUGUGACUGUACAGGGACAGGACAACCACCAUACUGGACAUUUUAUCUCACAGAUGCAGGUCUCCUACAGCUGUCCUGUAUACAUGAUUGCCUGGAGAACGUCCUGCAUAUCAACAUGCCGAUGACAGUUCCUCAAAAUAUGAAAAAGAGAAUUUCUAAAACUGAAAUGAUGGUACUUCCAACAUCAAUAUUUUUUUUACAUAUUUUAAAAAGAUUUUAGUAUUCAGAAUAAAUUUUUUCUAAUGAACCUCAA